UGGAAUAUAACUCAGCAGUUUUAGAAACCGUUUUCUAGAUAAUCGAAAACGGAAUGUAUGGAGGUCCAAUAAUGAUGGUAAAUUUUCCUGUAAAUGGAUCCUAACAACUCACUCUUUCAAGAAUUUCAUGUAGACCCUAACCUUAUAUUCCAAACCUAUCUAAAUGAAAUCGUUUCACAUUUUCAGUGUCCUUAUAUCUGGCAUGGCUGUGAGCAACGAACAGGCUCGUGAAGCUGCCUCUGAUGGUAGGAACGUGAUCAGCUGCGCAUGCGCCGACCUCGCCUCCUGGCUGUCAGCAGCAGCGCGUGAGCUACACCACAGUCUUGUACCGCCUGUGGAUCUAGUGCUGCAUGCUUAUAAACAGGAUUUGAAAAAUGUAAUACCAUUAUUAGGCGAGCCUAUUCAACAAGCAAUAUCAGCAGAGAGUGGCAUCGAUCUGGUGUUCGAUUCUCUAGUUGACAUAAUCUCAGAAAGCCUCGAUCUUUCGUCCAAAAUAUCUACAUUAAGAGACGUUAGCGUCAGAGCAGGAUCAUUGGCGUCAGCUGCGUCAGAUAGAGUUAGGGACUUGGCUCGCCAAAUUGAAAACCUAAAGAAACAUUGCACUUUAAAAGACUUGCCGCUUUGUGAUACUAUUAAUACAAACUCGUUGGAAUUGAAAAUGAAGUUUGAUUUGAUCCUACACGAGCAACAGUUAUUGGAACUGCGCACUUUAGGCGUUGAGAAUUUGACUCGAGCUAUACGCGUAGCCCGGGAGGAGUUCAAAACUUUGCCGUCAGCUAUAUUAGCGCAGACAACACAAGUUAGAGAGGAUAUCCUUAGAGACGUGGAAACACGGAGACAAGCUGUUCACAGUUCUGCUAAAAUCCUUAGUGACAUUGUGCGCCAUCUAACGUCCGGGCUACACACUAUAGCCAGUCAAUUGGAAUCGAGUCUCGAGAGAGUCCAGAGAUAUGAGUUCGCGCGGUGGACACUUAUGUUAGCAUGCAUUGUAACGUUUGGCUUUGUUAUGGUGCUUAUACUGAUGGCUUUGCUUUGUGGUUGCGGUCAUGCGAAAAACCAUGCGAAAAGAACGCUUAAGGUAUCGGCCGUCUGGUUAUGUCUAGCGUCCCUUAUACUCUGGGGAGUAGUAUCCUCAGUAUUCCUCAUAGCUGGUCACGCGGAGGUAUACGUCUGCCAUGCGUUAUGGGAUGCGCCGCAAUAUGAAACGCUAACGGCUCUAUUAGACAGACCGUCGCCGCUCCUGCCAAAAAACGAAGGUAUCUUCGACGCCAUGUUCCGAGAACUUGAGAACAUAACUAUCGAUGUAUCGGUGAAAGAUGUGCUCAGAGAUUGCGAGAGAGACCGGCCGGCCUACAUAGUGUUUCAACUGGACAAAAUAUUGGAUGUUAAUAAGGAGACCUCAUAUUUUGAAUGGGAAGAAUUACAAUCUGACUUCAGGAAACUAUCGUCAUCAAUUGACGUUGGACUGCUGAAAACAAUAUCAGUUAAUUUCAGUAAAUUGUUAAACGAAAUGCUCUAUGUUUCAGACGUCAAUAUAGCUAAAUAUAGAAUGGAUUACAAUGUGCCCGUAGUAAGCAAAGAUCUACCUUCUUUGGUCGAUCAACUGGAAAAUAUAGCUGCUCAAGUUACAGAUUUAACUACGGCAGGAAGAUUGGAGACUAUAGCUUCAAGAGCUCAAAGGCUGUACUUGACAAACAUAAAACCACUUGAACAGUUGCGGGCUGACGUGGUGUUCAAGUUGACGGAGUUGGAGCUACAGUUGUCGCCUUUUAGAAGAAAACUCAACAUUUCUUUAAGUCACAUACAUACAGCGCAGUUUUAUAUCGACAACCAAGGGGAUGUUAUUGCUCAGAAGAAAGUAUCAAUGUACAUCUCGCGGUUGGUCUCCCACGCCGCUGGUUGGAGAACUCACGUGCUUAUAUCAACUGGGAAGCAUGCUGCUAGAUGUCGUCCUCUGUAUGCUGUGUAUUCUGCCGCCAGGUCUUUGCUAUGUUCCAAAUAUGUUUCUUCUUUGCAUGGCUGGUGGGUAUGUGGAUUUUUCCUUGGCGUUUCAUGGUGCGCGGCACUUGCUCCUAUUUGUGUGAAACUUUGGCGCGCAUACGGCAGGAGAAUUAGGGCACAUGAAGCUAUGACGCUUGCUAACUUGGGCUCGGGGCAACAAGAGACUCCAACAACAGCAUUAUGUGAUGACAGCACUUGGAACACACCCGGAGCACCUGCUCCGCCACCAAGGAACGACAGCUGGUGAAGCGUGAUCUGCAAAACCGAUGAAGAGCUUUAACAGCACAAAAUAUGGAAUAAGAUGUCAUCCAUAUUGACUACAGCAUUCUGGAGUUAAUUUUCUUUGAAGUUAUUAUUAACAACAAAAUAUCUCGUUUCGACUUAUAAAUAGUUUCGUAGAGAGGAGA